CCGGCUUCCAGAAUCUCUCCUCCGGUCCAUACCAACUCCAAUUUCACCACCAAAUCAAUCAAGAGAACUCCUCUUGCCCUUAAACAUCCUGCCUUCGUGCUAAAAAGAAGAUAUGGGGGGCAAGUCUGCUAACAAGGCCGGUUACUUCGACAAGCUGAAGGGCUUGUUGGAGGAUUACCGGUCCAUCUUCAUCGUCUCCGUCGACAAUGUCAGCUCUCAGCAGAUGCACGAGAUCAGACAGUCCCUCCGCGGUGAGGCUGUCGUCUUGAUGGGCAAGAACACCAUGGUUCGCCGUGCCCUCAAGACCUUCGUCGUCGACACCCCCGAGUACGAGCGUCUUCUCCCCUUCGUCAAGGGCAACGUUGGUUUCGUCUUCACCAACGGCGACCUCAAGGAGGUCCGUGACAAGAUCCUCGCCAACAAGGUCGCUGCCCCCGCCCGUGCCGGUGCUAUCGCCCCUGCCGAUGUCUGGAUCCCCGCCGGCAACACCGGUAUGGAACCCGGCAAGACCUCGUUCUUCCAGGCCCUCGGUGUCCCCACCAAGAUCGCCCGUGGUACCAUUGAAAUCACCACCGAUCUCAAGCUCGUUGAGGCUGGCGCCAAGGUCGGCCCCUCUGAGGCUACCCUGUUGAACAUGCUCAACAUCUCUCCCUUCACCUACGGUAUGGGCAUCGCUCAGGUCUACGACCAGGGCAACACCUUCCCCUCUGAUGUCCUCGACAUCUCCGAGGAGCAGCUCCUCAAGGCUUUCUCCACUGCCAUCACCACCAUUGCCAGCCUCUCGCUCGCUCUCAACUUCCCCACCCUUCCCUCCGUCAUCCACUCCGUCGUCAACGCCUACAAGAAGGUUCUUGCCGUCGCUGUCGAGACCGAGAUCAGCUGGCCCGAGAUCGAGCAGCUCAAGGACCGCAUUGCCAACCCCGACGCUUAUGCUUCCGCCGCUCCCGCCGCUUCCACCGAGGCUGCCCCUGCCGCUGGCAAGGCCGAGGAGAAGGAGGAGGAGAAGGAGGAGUCUGAUGAGGAUGAUGGCGGCUUCGGCGGUCUCUUCGACUAAAUGUCUCCCUGACUUCUUGAUUGAAGUGUUUGAGGGGCGGCAAAGUUGGUUUAGGUUGGGUAAAGAGACGAAUAAUCUUGGCCCUCAGCUACAUAGAUCAUUUGCUGCUCAAUUAAGCACAUCAUAUUGGUGGUCUCCUUCUGAUGAGUCUGUUUGCAAUCUUGAUGAAACUGUGCGGGUACAUGUGAAAAUGUCCUGCUUGUUUUCUCAAAUCCA